AAACACAACCGAAAACAAAAACAUCAUCUCCAGGUGCUUGAACACUUACACAGUCGACGACAAAAAAAAAAUCCAAAAUUAAUCAAAUGCAUUAUCCUAACAACAGACCCGAAUUAUCAUCCGGAGCUCCAUCUCGGGAUCGCGAUUCGACCCGGUAUCCGUAUCAUAAUCAGGAGCAGCUGUCACCGGAGCAAGAACUAUCCGUCAUAGUCUCCGCCUUGCAGCACGUGAUCUCAGGGGAAAACGAAACGGCGCCGUAUCAGGGCUUCUCCAGCACAGUGAUAAGCGCGGGAAUGCCUCCUUCGGAUUCCGACGCUUGCCAGGUGUGCAGGAUCGACGGCUGUCUCGGCUGCAACUACUUUUUCGCGCCAAAUCAGAGAAUCGAAAACACACACCAACAAGUAGAUGCUGAAGAAGAAGAUGGGGUUAGUAGUAGAAGAGAGAGCCACGUGGCGGCGGCGAAGAAAGCAGCGGAAGGAGGAGGGAAAGUGAGGAAGAGGAAGAACAAGAAGAACGGGUACAGAGGAGUGAGGCAGAGGCCUUGGGGCAAAUUCGCAGCUGAGAUCAGAGAUCCCAAGAGAGCGACACGUGUCUGGCUCGGCACUUUCGAGACCGCCGAGGACGCGGCUAGGGCCUAUGAUCGGGCCGCUAUUGGGUUCCGUGGGCCGAGGGCUAAACUCAACUUCCCGUUUGCGGAUUACACUGCGUCUGCUUCUUCCCCUGUUGGAGCUGAGGACGUGGUAACGAGUGCGAGUGCGAAUGCAAGUACGAGCGUAAGUGCAACGGAAUCUGCUGAAGCAGAACAAUGGCGUGGAGAUUGUGAUAUGGAUGAAUAUUUGAAGAUGAUGAUGAUGAUGGAUUUUGGGAAUGGAGAUUCUUCGGAUUCAGGCAACACUAUUGCUGAUAUGUUCCAGUGAUUAUUUUCAGAACAAAAUUGCCACUCACUCUUUCUUGUUAUAGUUGAGUGCAAGAUGAGUU